GUAUGGAUUUUUUUGUUUGAAAGUGGGGAGUUGAGUUGAGUUGAGUUGGAGUGAGGAGGAGGAGUCAUGAGAUCUUUCUCUUUUUCAGUUGGAAUUGAAAUUAAAGUCAUUUCUUAGUUUAUUUCUCAAUCAACCAACAAAAUCAGAUUCAGCAGCAGCAGUAGUAAAUCCUACUAAAAGUAGUUGUUGUUGAUACCUGCAUUUAUUAUUAUGUAGAUGAUGAUGAUGAUUGUGAUGAUUCCAUGAGUGAUUAUGAGAUUAAUUAGAGGAGUUGCAUUUACCUGGAAUUUGAUGGGAGGUGGAGUAGAUUUGAAGGGGAAUAACAAUAAUCAGCAGCAGCAGAAGAAUUGGUGUUGUUGGUGUUGCUGUUGUUGCUUUUGGAGAUUUGAUAAUCAUAAUAAUCAACAUCAUCAGUUGAAUAGGAAGAAAUCGUUAACAAAAUCAACAUCAUCAGCAGGAGUAAUUCUUCAUAUGUGGAAUCGUUCAUCAUUCAUAUGUGGAUUAAUGUUAUUUGCAUUAGGUUUAAUAUCAUUAUUCACUGGACAUGUUGCUUCUCAUUUGGAUUAUUACUCUAAUCGUUUCAUCAAAGGAACUUCUCUUUUUAACAACCGAAACAGCAACCAAUUGGAUAAAAGUCGUCGGAGUGCACCAGUUGAUAUUUGGAAAUCACAGUCUUCCAAGUUUUAUACUGGAUGUAGUAAUAGAGGGUCUCAUUUCCCUCGUGCUGUCAGUGAGCGCAAGUCGAAUGGCUACUUGCUUAUUGCAACCAGUGGAGGGCUAAACCAACAAAGAACGGGGAUAACCGACGCUGUGGUUGUUGCAAGAAUUCUUAAUGCCACAUUGGUUGUACCUGAACUGGACCAUCAUUCCUUCUGGAAAGAUGAUAGUGACUUUCGCAACAUUUUUGACGUCAAUUGGUUCAUCUCCUAUCUAGCGAAGGAUGUCACAAUUAUCAAAAGAAUACCUGAUAAAGUAAUGAGAUCAAUGGAUAAACCUCCAUACACGAUGCGUGUUCCCAGGAAAUCCACUCCUGAGUAUUACCUGGAUCAAGUUCUGCCGAUACUUGUGAGGAGACGUGCUCUUCAGUUGACAAAGUUCGACUACCGGCUUGCCAACAGUAUUGAUGACGAGCUACAAAAGCUUCGUUGCCGGGUUAAUUAUCAUGCAUUGAGGUUUACAAAACCUAUAGAAGAACUUGGUAAAAAAGUGGUGAUGAAAAUGCGAAAGAUGUCUGAUCGUUUUAUUGCCGUUCACUUGAGGUUUGAACCCGACAUGCUAGCCUUUUCUGGUUGUUACUAUGGAGGAGGUGAUAAAGAGAGAAAUGAACUGGGUGCAAUCAGGAAGCGUUGGGAAACACUGCCUGAAUUGAGCCCUGAGGGAGAGCGAAGACGUGGAAAAUGUCCUCUCACUCCUCAUGAAGUAGGUUUAAUGCUGCGGGCUCUUGGUUUCAAAAACGAUUCUUAUCUCUAUGUUGCAUCAGGAGAAAUAUAUGGUGGAGAGGAGACUCUGCGACCUCUUAGAGAGCUUUUCCCCAAUUUUUAUACUAAGGAGAUGCUUGUUAACGACGAGUUGAAACCAUUUUUGCGUUUCUCAUCUCGCCUCGCCUCCAUUGACUAUAUUGUCUGUGACGAAAGCGAUGUAUUUGUCACGAAUAAUAAUGGAAAUAUGGCCAAGAUACUUGCAGGUCGAAGGAGGUAUAUGGGGCACAAGAGAACCAUCAGGCCAAAUGCAAAGAAACUGAGCUCGGUAUUCAUGACCCGAAAUGAGACGGAUUGGGAUACAUUUGCCAGGAAAGUAAGAUCAAGCCAGAUAGAUUUUCUCGGAGAGCCUGAGGAGAUGAGACCAGGAAGGGGUGAGUUUCACGAAUUCCCAACAUCAUGUGUCUGCAAGAAAGACAUCAGUAACAGCAAAGAUGAUCCGGAACCCAGUACCUUAAACUCAAAAGAAUGGAAAGAAUGGAGACGAGGAUAAGAAAGUUAAAAAGAAGACUGGAAUUGAUAGAGAAAUUGGCGAAAGUGUCGGCCGAAUAGCUAACAAAUCCUCUCCGGGGGGUAAAAAUUACCCCAAUUGAAAUCAUCACCAAGCAUAACAAAUAGAAGACAUUAUCAGUAGGUAACUUUGUUUUUGUUUGAUUCCCAUCACUUGGCACCACUGAAAUGAGUGCGGAAGCCAUGGUGUUGGCAAAAUGGGGGGACUGGGGAGGUAGAUUUAGGCUUUUAUUUCUGUAGUGAAUGCUUUUUUCAGUGAGCCUACAAGAGCACGAGAAAAGUAGUUGGGUGGGGUUUGGGAUUGUGUGUAUAUAAAGAGGGGAGGGUGGACGCACUGACUGCAGUUGAUUAGCUAGCAUCAAUGAAUUUCUGUUUUAUCAAGGUACAACACAGUAGGCUCUUCUUCUGUAUUGUCAACGUGUGAUCUGGCCCUCUCUUACUCUAUGUUGUUGAAUGAAAUGAAAUUUUAGAUGUCUGCCACAAGGGGGGCUGGUUUUCUCCAA